CUCAUGACAGUAGAAGAGGCAGUGGCCUAGGGAGAAAUCAUUCCAAUGAUCCCACCUUCAUCUCUCUCCACCAACACGUUCUUGUCAGUUUACAGUAGACUUUAAGCGUAGGCUACUUGGAUUUAUAUAGUGGGCAACCGUUACAGCGUUUUAUGGCGUUUCUAGGUAGCCUUUUUCGGAAGAGCAGUGGGCAGUGACGCGCUAGAGUUAUUGGCAUUUUAGAGCAGUUUACGGUGCGCCGCCUCCUCCUCGUACAUUUCCUGAUUCUGAAAAUAUUUUCUUUCCUGCGGAUCCUUUGAUUUUGUAUUUGUCCAAGGGUUCGUUUUCCACUGGCAACAUGUAUCAAGCUGUACGGAAAGUUUUUUUCUCGGAUGCUCUCUGCCUAAGCGACUCGACGGCAAAGUCGUUUGAAGAACUCUUCGCGAAGCUGGAUACCAACAAAGAUGGUAUAGUAGAUGUGUCGGAGAUGAAGGCAGGCCUUUCCUCUAUGGGCAUAGCUAUCGGAAAAGGCACAGUACAGAAAAUAAUGACAUCUGGAGACUCUGAUGGAAAUGCUGGGCUGGACCUAAACGAGUUUUCCAAGUACCUGAGGGAACACGAAAAAAAACUCAAGCUGACCUUUAAGAGUUUGGAUAAAAACAAUGAUGGCUGCAUUGAUUACAAGGAGAUCAGGCAGUCUCUGACAGACAUGGGCGUGGAUGUGACAGAGGAGCAGGCCCAGAAGAUUCUAGAGAGUAUUGAUGUUGAUGGCACCAUGACAGUGGACUGGAGUGAAUGGAGAGAACAUUUCCUAUUUAGUGCUGCUUCAAACUUACAAGAGAUCCUACGCUACUGGAAGCACUCCACGGUUCUGGACAUAGGAGACAGCCUCACCAUCCCAGAUGAGUUCACAGAGGAGGAAAAGACGACGGGCGUGUGGUGGAGACAGCUGGCCGCCGGGGCGGUGGCAGGGGCCGUCUCUCGUACCGGCACGGCACCACUGGACAGAAUGAAAGUGUUCAUGCAGGUGCACUCCUCUAAGACCAACAAGAUCAGCCUGGCAGGAGGCUUCAAGCAGAUGAUUAAGGAGGGGGGCGUGACAUCACUGUGGAGGGGCAACGGGGUCAACGUCCUCAAGAUCGCCCCUGAGACCGCCAUCAAGUUCAUGGCCUAUGAGCAGUAUAAGAAGCUGCUGGGCCAGGAGUCGGGGAAGGUGAAGCCUCAUGAGCGGUUCAUGGCCGGAUCCCUGGCUGGAGCCACAGCUCAGACCGCCAUCUACCCCAUGGAGGUGAUGAAGACGCGCCUGACCCUAGGGAAGACGGGCCAGUACAAGGGCAUGCUUGACUGUGCCAAGAAGAUUCUGAAGAAGGAGGGCGUGAAGGCUUUCUACAAGGGCUACGUCCCCAACAUCAUGGGCAUCAUCCCCUAUGCUGGCAUAGACCUGGCUGUCUAUGAGAGUCUGAAGAAUGCCUGGCUCUCCAAGUACGCUAAAGACACGGCUAACCCCGGCAUCCUGGUGCUGCUGGCCUGUGGCACCAUCUCCAGCACCUGCGGCCAGCUGGCUAGUUACCCACUGGCACUGAUCCGCACACGCAUGCAAGCCCAGGCUACUCUGGAGGGCGCGGAGCAGGUGAACAUGACCAAGCUGGUGAAGAAGAUCCUGGAGAAGGACGGCAUGUUUGGCCUGUACCGCGGCAUCCUGCCCAACUUCAUGAAGGUCAUCCCUGCGGUCAGCAUCAGCUACGUGGUCUACGAGUACAUGAGAAGUGGCCUGGGUAUUUCCAAGUGAAGACGCUACACGAGUUUAAUGCAUGUUUAUGUGUGUGUAUGUGUAUGUGUAUGUGUGUGUGUGUGCGCACAAAAGUUUGUAUGUACGGACAUUUAAGUCAGGUUGUUAGCCUACCAAACCCUAGGCUACUUAGCCCACAACACCAAACUCAACAUUAGAGAGAAAACAUGCGAGAGUUUACAUUGUUUACUGCACUUUCAUUGUUGAAAUGCAAAAUGACACUUUACCAUUCAGUCUUGCAUUGCAAAGGAUGCAAUCACUACAUGUCCUUAGAGGCUGGGUUGUUUGCAAUGGUAUUUGGAGUUUUAAUUUGACCAUAAAAGCACUAUGUAUUUACACAUCUUUUUAAAAAAAAAUCUUUACAAGGACCACAGUCAUUUCUGGUAAUGCCAUAGUGAUUUCUGUUUCAUUGCUGAUGAUCCUCAGCUGGUUUGAAUAGGAGUCCUCAUCCGUCCCAGACACAGAGACUUCAGAGAUACCUCACAAGACCACAAAACAUGGCAUCUUUCCUUUGAGCCCGCCGUGUUGUCUUUAACAAAAUAUGAAAAACUCUUUUUCACCACAUACUCCCAGGUCAGGCUUCAGUUGUGGUUGUAAUUGUCAACUCACUGAGGUUCUCUUGUAGUUCAUUUAGGCACAGAUCAGCUGCAUAUUAGCGUCAACAGUGAAGUCUUAGUUCAACAUACAAUUUACAUAAAUGUAUUAUAUGAGGAGAUCUGCGGCAGAAUGUCGACGUCAAUGGGUCCACUGCCACCCUGUUGGAGAUUAGCGCAUAGUUGUAUAACAUAGUGAAAUAUUUAUUUCUGUGAAGUAUCACACAACAUAAAUAUAGUGCAAAUUGUUGUGGUGCUAUGAAUCUAUGUACUGGUUUGUGUUUGCAAACUGUUUUAGAAAGCGACUGCCGUACGGUCCCUUUUGCAGUGCAUCUCCUCACCCGGGUAACUGACCGUGCACUCGGGACUGUUCUGUGCUGUUUCAUGGACAGUACACAAAGGACUGUAACAUACUGUAACAUGGAUAUUUGGCAAGUCUGAGCCAGUCUUUCUAAACCAGGCUACUGAAAAGUCCACAGUGUGGUGCUUGGGUGUUCAUUGCAGUUUAUAUACACUAUGUACAUACAGCAUUGAACAUAAUGUUUUUCUUUUACCAGCACAGACAUUGGACACAACAGUGCAUUUGCAGACUUUUAACCCUUAAAGGUGUAGGUUUUUGAACGUUCUAAGUUCCGCAACAAUUGAAGGUUCUAAAAUUCUAUGUUGAAUUCAAUGAACCCAGAUAUUCUUUAGAACGUUCAUUUCUCAACA